CAACUAGUCGAUGCUGUGUACAGAUUACCGAGCACUCAGCCCACGACACACAUCUAUAACGACACACAACCUUGACUCGAGUAGAGAGGUUAAGUUAGUCAAUCUCUUCACUUGGCGAAAAUAACCACUUUACUUUACGGCUGGGCCGUCAGCUUUGACAACGACCUUUCUGUAUGCGUGUUGCCGCGUUGGAUUUUGCGUGUGAGUACUGAUGGGACAAGGAUGUCCGUAGAUGUGUACUUCGUGGCUCAACAAGGUGAGUUUGGGAUAUGUCUAGAUAUAAUAUUGUAAUGGAGAUUUUACGUAUGGAUCUAUGGAUUUGGGUUGGGUAGUGGAGUUCAUGAAGGGAUGGGUGGAUACGUGUGGAUAGUAUGUGUGGGUGUGCGGCUACAUGCGAAUUGUUUGUAUUGAUGUGGACGUGUUGACACAUAUGGAUUGUUUUGAUGGAUGUGGAUGGGUUGAUACAUUAUAGUACAAAGGGAGUGUUUUGGAUAGAUGACAAAAUCAGAAUGUACAUUUGACAUGGACGAAUUGGUUUAUGCAGGAUUAUGAAAUGGAUCGGUUGAUGGAAAAGCAUUAUAUUAUAGAUUGAUAGUUGAAACGGGGCGUAGCAAGCAAAAGUGCCCGGUGCACAGGCUGAAUUUAGGCGCCCUUUUAGCCAUAAAAUAUAUAUUUAAACAUCAAAUUGUGCAUGAACAUUUAUAGUUUUGGAAACCCUCGAAGUGGUGAUCGGGGAUAGUGCCCCUAUUUGCCCCCGUGGGUUAAAAACAGGAGUAAAAUUAUUACAGGAGUAAACUUAAAGAGAAUGGGAAAAAACAGGAAUAUAGGCCUAAACCAAUAGACAUAUGAAAGAAUUAGGGAUGGUGUGUAAGGUGAGAUGGAUUAAUAUAGGAUUGUGUUUACGGAUGGCUCAGUGGAUACAUGACUCUACAUGAGCCAGUGCAUGAAUGGAUACAGAAGUAGUGUACAAAAAAUGUGUAUGUGUGCGUGUAGGCGACGAUGGAUAUAAUCCGAAUUUGUGUCAAUCCAUUUGUUAACUCGGAGAGGGGAACAUGGUCAUGAAUGGAUUGAUGUGGAUAUACAAGGAUGGAUUUCUUUAUACAUUAGUUUAUCAUUAGAUUCAUGCAGAGCCAUCAUGUGAUUUUUAGAGCGCCCCCCCCCCCCCUGUAACGGUCCUUUUGCUAGUUUAAUUAUUUUUAUGUGACACAACUUUGAGCCCCUUAUAUAUCAGACACCCCCACCCCAACACACACACACAGGUGUUGCCUGGCCCAAGGGAUGGCUCUGUGUGCAAUGGAUACAAUACUACGACCAUGUUAGGUUGGAGUGCACUGAACAAUGAAGUACGUGGUGCCUGGCCCAAGCGAUGGCUCUGUGUGCUGUGCAAAGGAUACAAGAUGAAUCGCCACAGACUACGACCAUGUUAGGAUGAGUGCACAGAUCACUGAAGGGUAACUGUUCAUGGACGCUUGAGGCGUAGAGACAACACUUUGUUGUUUGCGUACGACUUCCAGUCGGGGCUCAGCUCUUAACAUAAGACCACAACGCCGUGUCCCUAAAAUAGACCUGAGCUUCUUUUUUUUUUUUUUUUUACGUAUUGGUCAGAAAUCUUAGGCAGAAAAUGUGUGUUUGGGGGGGGUGGGGUCAGCACAACACCCGAAGAAAAAAAAAUUUUGAGAAGCUGACAAUAGACUGAAUGAUUCAUAACAACGCUGGAUGAUACUGGACUAGAACUCACUGACGUCGCAGGGCCAGCAUGACGUGUAACCGUAGUAUAAAGUGAGACCGACAUUUUGCCGAGAGCACAGAGGACCCACACUACAGAGGGAUUGGAAGGUGGGAUGAUUUCAAGUGAGGACGACUUAUAUCAAGAGGUAUGUCAAUGGGAUUUCGAAAUCUUGAUAAGUCAAUGAUUAUGUAAACCAUAAGGUUAUGGGUAGCACUUUCAUUAAACCAUAAGUUUAUGGGUAGCGCUUUCGUCGAAAACAUAAGUUUAUGGGUAGCGCUUUGAUUAAACCAUAAGUUUAUGGGUAGCACUUUGAUUAAACCAUAAGUUUAUGGGUAGCACUUUGAUUAAAUUAUAAGUUUAUGGGUAUAGUGCGUUGAUUGGGCAAUCCAUAAGUUUAUCGGUAGCACUUUGAUUUGGAAAACCAUAAGUUUAUCUGUAGCAUUUUGAUAAAGAAAACCAUAAGUUUACGGGUAGCACUUUAAGUAAACCAUCAGUUUAUGCGUAGCACUUUAAGUAAACCAUAAUUUUAUGGGUAGCACUUUAAGUAAACCAUAAAUUUAUGGGUAGCACUUUAAGUAAACCAUAAGUUUAAGGGUAGCACUUUAAGUAAACCAUAAGUUUAUGGGUAGUGCUGCUGGUUGCUCCUUUACUGGUCCACCACCGCAUCCCAUGUCAUUUUGAUCUAACGUCAUUUCCACAAGUGUUAUUUAUGGGAGAUCGGAUAAACGCUAUUAUAUGUCCAUAAUACAGAAUAAGAAAUGCUUUUGAUAAAAAAAAAAAAAUUAAAAAAAACUUUUCUUAAUUUUUCUUUAUUCAAAGCAUGAAAGGGGUAAUAAUAUAUUUUUUUAAAAAUUUCACCACCUAAUUUCAGGUUUUUGAAACCACAACAUUAACCAAUAUAACAAGCCUAGACUCUUGGGACAAGUUAUGUGUAGCAUUAAAUGAUUUGUUUGGAGUUAUCAAAAAUAUUCCAUUGAACUUUUCUUGACCAUGUCCAGAGUUGAGCUGUGUUACAUUCGCUUAUGUCAGUGGUUCUCGACCUUUUUAACGCGGCGACCCUUUAAUGCAGUUCUUCAUGGUGCGGUGACCCAAUCCAUAAAAUUAUGUUCGUUGCUUCUUCAAUAAUAUGUUGUUUUUUUCCGAUGAACUUAGGCGAUCCUCGUCUAAGGGUCGUUUGAUCCACAAAGGGGUCAAGACCCACACGCCGAGAACCGCUAACUUAUGUGCUCUUGUUUUAAGCUCAAGAGGAGGUGAGCCCAAUGGACAUAGUACUUCAAACAAAAUGCUAUCAAUCAACAAAUGAUAAUUUACUAGAACCGGCUGUAUAGAGCCAAACUCAAUCCAAACGGGGUGGAUCCCAAUGCGAGAAUUGUACAGUGGUUCUCAUAUAAUUUAAGACGCAGGCGUGAAAUUGUGGAGUAAGGCAUUAGUUCUGUCACUGCAAUUAAAACUCACUCAUCGUCAUCGUCGAUGAAAAAAAAACCCACAAUAUCCAGGUCAUGUCUAUCUAUACGAUCAUAAAGAUCUUUGCAAACAUCGUUGCAAAUAAAUACACGGCAUAUAAGCUCUUUAGGCCUGCUAUAUACCCAGCAAUCUGUCUUUAGAACCAUUGAUUCCUUAACUUAUAUAUAUAUAUUUUUUAAAUUUUAAUUUCUUCAAAUACAUUUUCUUUAUUCGAAAUAUUUUUUUCGUUAAAUGAUACUAAAUUUGAGUUUGCCCCGUUUUUAAAAACUCAAACUUGAAAGUUUCGGUUCAAAUAUACUCUUAAAAAAAUGUGUCUGAAGAUGUAUGUCAUACAAAUGACACAUGCAUAUAACACAUAUGUUUUGUUUUCUUUCCCCAUCUAUGGCAACUCACGUGCAGCUGCCCCAGGAUGCACCACGCCACCGACCUUCUCCGGCACGUGCUCACCCUACACACAUCGACCACCACGGGGUCAUCUGAACACCCUCUCCUGGACUCUCCCGACGACGCCACCGACGAAAACGACGAUGUCCCCGAGCCCCGAAACGCACCCCGCCUUUUCAGGCGAUUCUCGUCUUUUGUACCGACGGCCCCUCGCCCCGCGCAGCCGCCAAAAUCAUCUUGUGCGCCACCAUCCACACCAACGUGCAUACCGCCCACCCCACCUUGUGAAUCGCCACAGACUUCCCCUUACUCUUUCGUGCCGCCACGCCCAACCCAAGAAGACAUCUUUAAAACCUUGUCUCCGCCCACUGCCCAGAGCUGGAAGAAGUGGAAGGAGGUCAAACUUGUUAACGACUUUUACGCCAACCCCACCGGCCAUCAUGAUGAAGACAGGGUUCGCUCUAUGCUCCGAGGGGAGUUCAGCAGCCCCACAAUCCGCGAAAGGCAUAUACAUUCGGGGAUCAGUUAUUACGGGUCUUCUUCCCCUGCAAAGGACAUGUAUGACGACAACGUCAAGUAUCGCCGGGCGAGCUGCGCGUCCGAUAUCCCAUCCCGUCCAGAGUUGGUCUCCCCGUUCACUGGACGAGGUGGGAUCUCCCUGGGAGCUAAUGUACGCCGGCGUGACAUAGUCUUUCAUUAUGUGAUUGGUAAAGGCGCCUUUGGUGUGGUCCAUAAAGGUGAGUUUAGAUAGAGAAAUGUCAAUUGGCCAUUGUAGAGACGUUGUUGGCAUGAUAUACACGCGUCUUAUAGACACGUUGCUGACAUUAGAGACAUGUUGUUGACAUCAGAGACAUGUUGUUGACAUCAGAGACAUGUUGUUGACAUCAGAGACAUGUUGUUGACAUUAAAGACAUGUUGUUGAGAUUACGGACACGUUGACAUUAAAAAGUUGUUAGCAUUAGAGACACAUUUUUGACAUUAGAGACACAUCAUUGGCAUUGAGACACAUCAUUGAUACACUUUAUUGACAUUAGAGACACAUAAUUGACAUUGAGACACAUCAUUGAUACACAUUAUUGACAUUAGAGACACAUAAUUGACAUUGAGAUACAUCAUUGACACACAUUAUUGACAUUAGAGGCACAUUAUUAUUAGAGACACAUUAUAAUUAGAGACACGUUGUUGACAUUGAAGGCAUCAUGUUGACAUUUGAGACACGAUUUUGACAUAAGAGGCACGUUGUUUACAUUAGAUACACAUUGACAUUAGGGAUAAGUUGCUGGCUGACAUACCAGGGACACGUUGGCACAACAGGGACACGUGGGCAUAACAGGGACACGUGGGCAUAACAGGGACAUGUAGGCAUAACAGGGACAUGUAGGCAUAACAGGGACAUGUAGGCAUAACAGGGACACGUUGGCAUAACAGGGACACGUUGACAUAACAGGGACACUUUGGCAUAACAGGGACACUUUGGCAUAACAGGGACACUUUGGCAUAACAGGGACACGUUGGCAUAACAGGGACACGUUGGCAUACCAGGGACACGUUGCUAUGAUGUGACACGUUUUUGACAUGCUGCGAUAUUUUGACAUACUGCGACACUUUACUGACAUAUUAAGACAAUUAUCAUUUGUCUCAAACUGCAAAUUUUAUUAAUUCUUACGUUAAUGGCUCAGGUAAUGCCAAUGUAAUUACUUUUUUUUAAUGUUUUUUUUUCAUUUGAUCGAUGAUGAAAAUUUGGUUUGGGUGCGGUAAAUAUUAAUAUCAACAACUCAAGCCCUCAUUAUUUUACAGAUUUUUAUCUUUGGAAUGUAUUUUAAAUUAAAAAUAAUGACCAUAUCCUAUACGAUUCAUUUCCCAAAUUCAAAUUUCAAUGGCUUGGAAAAUUGCCGUAAUUUCCUUAGGAUACAAUACACCUGAUUCGAUACAUGUAUAAAACAAAUAUUUGUUGUUGUUUUUUUUAAAAUGAGACUUCGCUAUUUAUUUCCCCAUUAACACUGGGUCAAACCUUCUAGUAAAUGAAAAUGUUGUUACAACUAAUGCUCAACAGGAUUUCUACAGGGCCAUCCGGUGGCUGUCAAAAUUGUCCAGAAGAGACGAGGGUCAGGCAUUCACAGAGAGAUCCUACAGGCUGAGAGACUGGCUUUCUCGAUGAAACUGAGGCAUGACAACAUUGUCAGUAAGUCAACCUUAGCUGGAGUUUAGGUGUACCGGGGGAGGGGGAGGGGGGAUGUUGUCACAGUAACUAAAUGAUUUCAAUUGAUAUUUUUUAUUGUGCCCGCUGUAUGUGAAGAACAUGUGGCCAGAUUUGAUUUGUACUUGAUACAAGAAAUUCAUAAGUUACCAUUACAACAACGAAAGAUACCAGUACCGGUAUUGAUAAAUGUUCAGAUGUGCCAAAUAAGAUUUAAAAAGAUGAGUUUUAAUAUAACCAGUUGUUUUUAGUAAUUUUAGUUGUACCAGUUGCAAGAAAUUGAGUUGACCAUAGCCAGAUAUUUCUUCCAUUCACAAGUUAAUGAAUUUGUAAACAUGAUUGAGAUGAAUUAUUAUAGUUUGGCAUCUCUUGAUUUGAGGUCUUUGAAAACUUAAGUCCACACUUAACCCUUUCUCUAUACAGAUAUAGUAGGGAUCAAUAUGUGUGAAGGGGUCAGGGGUGACGCAUUGAUUGUGAUGGAGAUGGUCAGUCCCAAGACCUUGCAGAAUGUUUUGGAUGAUGCCAACCGUUACAUCAGAUUAACAGAGAGGCUUCAGUUUGCCAUACAGGUCAAUUUACAUUUUAUUUUGUAUCAUAUUAACAGACUGAGAGAGGCUUCAGUUUGAAAUACAGGUCACUUUACAUUUUAAUUUAUAUCAGAUUAACAGAAGCUCUAGUUAACCAUACCGGUCACUUAUGUCACUUCAGUGUCUAGUAUUUAAGCCUUAACAAAGGCGAAUCAUAAAGAUUCAAAUAAAAUAUACAGGUCACCAUUCUUGCUUAGAAAUGGAUACAUUGAGAAUGGCCAGUUUUCUUACUUUUAGCCAAAGGAAACAUUCAACAUACAAAUCAUAUAUUACGUUUCAUUAUUUACUUUCCAAAAGUUCAAUAUACUAAAAAAAGGACACAUGCAAAUUUCAUUAAAAUGCAUGCCUGUAGAGUUGUACAAUAUUGGCUGGCAAUUAUCCAGAGUAAAAGCCUCAUCCAAGUCAAGACAAGAAAAAGAAUAAAAAUAGACUGUUAAAAAAAUAUGUUUAAGAUGCAGAUUUAUAUUUUUACCAUUUUAAGUAAUCCCUGUCUUUCCAGAUUACCAAAGCAUUGGAAUACCUUCAUGGCAAUAAUGUUGUGCAUCUAGAUGUCAAACCGAGAAAUGUGCUCAUGACCUUGGAUGACGUUUGUAAACUUGCUGACUUUGGGAGCCUGACAAGUACUUACGGUUCAGCAAAGGAGGAGCCACAAUAUACACAACUUUUAGGUAAUGUAAACCACUUUGGCACAUUAGGUAUUACAAAAGACUUUAGCACUAAGGAUGACUUUUGCAUGAGGCAUAACUUAAGCAAUAGGCAUGACUUUGGCACUAGGCAUGACUUAGGCACCAUGCAUGACUUAGGCACGACUUAGGCACUAGGCAUGACUUAGGCACCAUGCAUGACUUAGGUACUAGGCAUGACUUAGGCACUAGGCAUGACUUAGGCACUAGGCAUGACUUAGGCACCAUGCAUGACUUAGGCACCAUGCAUGACUUAGACACCAAGCAUGACUUAGACACUAGACAUGACUUAGGCACAAGACAUGACUUAGGCACAAGACAUGACUUAGGCACUAGGCAUGACUUUGGAAGUAUACAUGAAUUUGGCACUAGACAUGACUGUGGCUCUAGGCACGAUUUAAAGGUCCUGUGCACUGCUUUUAUAUAACCACACUAUCUUGCACAACUCUAAUACUAGUAUAGUAACCAUAACUUUUAAAUUUUUAUAUUUUAAUAUUAUAUAAAUGCUCAUAUAUUCACAGGUACCCUGGCUUACAGAGCCCCUGAAUUGAUGAAGGGUUGCUUCCCAUCCUGCAAAGCUGAUAUUUAUUCCUUGGGAAUAACUUUAUGGCAAAUGGUAAAACAAUAUCACUUAGGCAUUCAGCUUUUUAAGAAAUAGAAUAUGACCCAAUGUUCAUCAGGUAAUGUAUUAUUACACAUUACCAAUCAAUUUAAAAUAGCAAUUAAGGAACUAUUUUAAGCUUUGUAUCCGAUUUUGUAAGUAAUUUUUGUUCUUAAAUCAAUAAAUUAUAAUUUGAGAAUUAUUUUUAAAAAAAAAAUAGGCACUUUGCGAGAAUUUCCACCUGCUUUUGCAAAAUCUCAUCACAAUUCCUUAUUUGAAAAAGAAUUAUCUAUGUAAUGUUUAAGUUUCUAAAAUCAAGUUUUGAUAAAUAUAUUUAUGCUAUAAAUUAUAUGCCUACCCUACCCCAUUUCGCGCCCCCUAAACUACAUUUUUACUCUUACACUUAAAACUAAAAUUCCCUAUCUCAUUUUAAAUAUUUGAUAUUAAUGGAAUUUGAUACAUUGAUAUCUUAUUAAAUAUUCAACCAAACUUUUGCUUUGUUCUACAAUAUUAUCGAAAAAUCGUUAAUAAAAAUUAUUUAAUUAAAAGAGCAAUCUCUUAACCCUUUUUCAUGUCUUUAUCAGCCAGGAGUUUUUUUUUCUAAAAAGAAAUGUUAUAAAUGUCAUAAAAAGAUACACCCACUUUACUUUUCGCAAAUUAAAAAUGUAUUUGUUCAUUUUUUUAAAUCUAAAAUCGUAACCCACCUUUGUUCAUCUUUGUUCACGCCCUAUGAACUGUAAAUAAAAAAAAUAUGGCUCUAUUUUUAAGAUUUUUAAGAUUAAAUUUUCGCAUGUGUAAAAUGAUAGGGUUUUGAUAUUCAUGGGUAUACCUUUGUAAAUGUACCCACAUUUUGUCAAUGGCAUUGAUUUUCUUAACUGGUAAAUAUAUUUUAUUUCUAAAAAGAGUUGUAACAUCUCUUUUUCAUGACUGUAAUAUCAUUGGAUUGAAAGAUAUUGUCAUCCACAUAAAAAUAUACACACCCUAUAUCCUACCCCCGAUAUCUAUGUACCGGUACGUUAAAGGUUGAUAAUUUAUAAAAUUCAUUCCUUUAUUCUGAGGUGCAUCUUGUGCCCUCUGGGGCUAAAUGAAAGUAUCAAAUACACCCCCCCCCCCUCGAUUUUAACAAAAAAAAGUUUUAAAAAUCAUCUUUGGGAUGGUAGCCCCUAUGUACACAACCACACAUUUAUUUGCACAUCCCUGAAAAUUCUUUAGUCCCAGAUCCAUAUUACCAUACAUUUGUUAUAUAUUUUCUAAACAAAAUUUAAAAUAAAAUGCAUAAUUCUGUAAAUUAAAAUGUUAUAUUUAUUUGUAUUGACAAUUUAAAAAUCAAUUAAUUAUAUUAUAUUUAUUAAUUUUUGUCACAAGAGGUUAUUAAAUCAAAGAAACUUAGAGAUUUUUAUUUGCAAGUUAAAAUUCUGCUCUUUGAAAAUAAUAUAGAUCUAGUUUUUUGUUAUUUGUGUUAAAUCGAAAUUUAAUUUGAUAUUGUUUAAGACAUUAAGAUCAAAUUACUUUUAAUUUAAUUUGCAAAUAUGAUUUAAUAAAAACAAUUUUUUUGAAUCUCAGAUCAUAAUUUGAUUUAAAAAAAUAUCAGUACUCUCAAAUUAUGAUAAAAUGCUUCAAACAGUUCCUUAAUUGUUAUUUUAAAUGUAUUUGUAAUUUAAAAAAGACUUAAACAAAUACUAGAAUAAAAAGGGAUAUGUAAUUUUUAUUUUGCGCAUUUAAAUUUAUUCAAUUUCCAUAAGCUUAUUGAGCUUAUUUUAUACUUGUUCUUAAAUUUAUUUGAUGAAAAAAAAAAAAGUGAAAUACAAAAUUGUCCCGACACACAUAAUCAUUUAAAAAUGCAUGUCACUACAGAGUCUAGAAUUUUCAUUUAUUAAAAAAAAUACUAUGUCGUAUUAGAAAGCAUUGCUCUUUAUUCAGAAAGAAUGCACCAAUCGAUUCUGUAAUUACUUCUCAGCAUUCUUGAACUAUUUAUAGUCAUUUAAAUAUGGUGCUCAUUUUAAAUAAGAGACAAUUUAAAUAUUUGCUAGUUAUUUUACAAAUAACAAAAAGAAAUAGCAAAGACUUUCACAGGAUCCCUUAAAAAUAAAUCAAAUAUCUCGGUUAAAGAAAAUUGUAAUUUACCAUUUAUUUACUUUGACUGUACAUAUUAAGCAAAAUAUUUGAAUUUUAACUUUUCCCACCCCCUUUAUGCCAUUAUUUUUUGUGCAGUAAUCAAAUUGUGUAGUUAACUGUAAGAAAUAUGAAUUCUCACUAUUGUUGCAGGCCACAAGAGAGACGCCCCAUUCGGGAGCAGAUCCUCACUGGUUAAUUUAUCAAGUUAUAAAAGGAAAUAAAAGGCCUGAUCACCAUGACACAAGAAAUGACAUUGCUGAAGUCAAAUACAGUGAACUCUAUGUUGCCUGUUGGGAUUCUGACCCAUUGCAAAGGCCACAGGCUGCUGAGUUUCUAGUCCCUCUUAGAAAUCUGAUUGAAUUUUCCUGGGACAGUGAUUGGAAUGAAAAUCUAAGAGCAGAUGAGAUAGAUAGAUACAAAUAGAAAACUAGAUUGUUUUUUUUUAUUUUUUGAGAAAUUUUAAGUGCAGCUGAAUGCCAUAAUAGUUAACAUUUACCCCUUUUACAAAUGACUUAAAAAUAGAAAAAAUAAAAUUUAUAGAAAUUCAUCAAGGUAAGUGCUGGCCACAGAAAUUGUAACAUUGUUACCAAUUAUAAAUUUGUUGUAAUUUUAUUUAACUGUUAAUUAAUUAGCAGGUUGGGAUAUAAGCAUCCCCUUGCUUUUGUGCCAUUCAAUGUUUGGGCAGUUUCUUUUUUUGUAACUGUUUGAAUCUUACUGCUGAUUUAAAAAACAUAUUCAACGUCCUAUGCAAAUUACAGUUUUCUUGUUCAAAUUUUUCUUUCAUUAUUUCAUUUACAAGCAAGCAUUUUUGGUUGCUCAUCAUUUCUCUCUUACAUAUUUUCACAUUUUGCUUCACAUUUCUUUAAUGAAUUUUUAACAUUUUGUUCUGACAUGUUUUUCAAGAAUAAAUUUUGAAGAA